AUGAACAACCUCGAGCGACACCAGAGCCGAGCACCACCGCCCCUCGACCUCCCGCACGACGUCUGCCAGCUCGUGUGCGACGCCGCCCUCGACCUUCCUCCCGGCAUCGCGUCGACCACCCUCCGCUCCCUCGCCCUCGUCUCGCGCACCUGGUCCACCGCAGCCCAGCACGCCCUGUACCGCGACCCGUGGCUCUCGUUCGACGCGCCCGACCGCGUCCCGCCUCGCACCUUGGCCCGCCUCGAGCACCUCGUCGCGACCCUCGACGCGCGCCCGGACCUCGCCCGGGGCGUGCUCGCCCUCGACGCGGGCAAGUACACGGUGCGGUGCCAGACCGAGGCCAAGGUCGACCGUCGCCUCGUGUCGCGCGUCGCCGUGCGCCUCGUCGCCCGGUGCCCGUCCCUGCGCACCCUCUCGCUCCCGUUCGUCGUCCAGGCCGACAAGGCCGCGCUCCUCGCCGCCCUGCGCCGCCUCGCCCUCCUCGACACGUUGACCAUCGGCGAGGGCGCCGCGCUCGCCGACCCGUGGGUCGUCAACGUCGACGUCGCCGUCCUCGACGAGUGGGGCGUCGCCCAGUGGUGGCGCCGCGACCUCGCCGCCCUCGCCCCCUACUGGCCCCACCUGCGCCGCCUCAACCUCGACGCCCGCAUCCGCGGUCGAGACGGCGACGAGCCGAUCCCGUGGGCCCUCGACUCGUUCGAGCUCGCCCUCGUGCGCAGCGCGCGCCUCUCGGCGCCUUACGUCUUCGCCGCGCUCGGCCGCACCGUCGUCGCAGGUUCGCUGCGCAGCCUCAACCUGCGCGAGCACCAGCUCGAGCCCGGCGCGCUCGUCGAGCUCCUCGACGCCGUCGGCGGCGCCCGGCUCGAGGUCCUGCGCACGACGACGGCCGACAAGGUGACGCGGCACGACGCGCUCGCGCACGACGUCGCGAGGACGUGUCCUCGCUUGCGCGUCCUCGCGCUCGAGACGCCGCUCGGCGACGUCGUCGGCGCACUCGGCGCGCUCGGCUCGCUGCGGCACCUGCGCCGCCUCGCCCUCACGUCGCUCGUCGCGCCUCGCGAGCGCACGAGCGUCACCGCGCUCGUCGCCGCACUCGACGCGUUCCCGGCGCUCGACGACGUGCGACUCGGGUCGGUUGGGAGCGGCAUGAGCGAGGAUGCCGUCCUCGAGCGGCUCACGUUCGACGUCGACCUGCGCUCGGUCCUCGACGAGUGGCGCGCUCGACGUCUCGCACGAGCAGAGGUGUCCUAGACCUUGUCGUAGACGCAGAACUGCAACUCGCGAUCGCCCUCAC